UGCUCUGAGCCCCCCAUUAGCGACACCCCCCCCCCCGGCUAGUGGAGUCAUCUUGCUUACACCGUCAAGGAGAUCCUGGACGUCAGGAGACGAGGCAGGGGUGUGCAGUUUCUGGUGGACUGGGAGGGUUAUGGUCCUGGUUCCUGUCGCUUAUUCUCGACAAUAACCUUAUUUCUGAUUUUUACCGUAGGUUCCCAGACAAACCAGAGGGCGUCCAUUGAAUGAGGGGGGGGAAUACUCUCACGCCUGCCGUCGACACCAGCUAUACAUUUUGGGUUCAGGUUAUUUGUGUCAUAUUUACUUUCCCUUGUUCAUUAUCUGCUUUUGUGUUAUCACACAGACUCUGGGGAUCUCUAGUUGGGCGGAGCUACAGAACAGGCACAGCUGUGUCUCAUUGUCUAUCACUCCUUUUUAAGCUCACCUCUGGCGACUGGAUGGCACUCGGUGAUUCCUCGUGGCUGAACCUCCAAGUCAAGAUCUGUGCUGCUGCCGUCGGCAAUCCAGUCCUGCCUGGUUUUUCCCCACGGCUUUGUUUGUAGCUCCGCCUGACCAGCUUUGGUAUUCCUUUAAGUUGCAUAUUUUUCAAUUUUUCCGCAAUGCCCUUUUCUUUCCAUGACACUGUAGUUUUUUGUUCCUGAGCUGUUUCAGAACUGGUGUACGCCUCUGCAUACUGGGAUCCAGACAAGUGUCAGACAAAUCCUCACUUCGGCAACAUAGUCAGUUCCUGCUUGGUUUAAAGCAGCACUAUCUGUAUUUUUUGUACUGCUUGGUUUUCAACAGUAUUCUUUAUUAAUUGUGAUUCCAUUUUUUUAAGACUCGUCUUUCCUGUAUCUAGCAAACAUCAACUGCUUGUAAUUGUUUCUCGAACUCGCUCAUCUUAAUGUGUUGUUUGAGUUCCUUACUUAUUCCAUUCCAUAAUUUGAUUCCACAUACCGAAAUGCUGUGGGUUUUGGUGUUGUUCUCGAUCAUGUUUCUCUUCUGUAGAAAAGUAUUGUGUGACAGUUUUGUGUAGUAGGUUAUUUGUUUGCUUUAUGCAUAAUUUUAUCGGAUUGAAAAUUUCAUAAAUCAGUGAAUUUUAAUAUUUGUGAUUUUAAAAAUAAGGGAUUUGUAUGUUCUCUAUACGCGGCAUUAUGUAUUAUCCUAACUGAUCUUUUUUGCAGUACAUUUAGCGAGUGAAGAUUGCACAAUAAGUUAGAUAUGGUAAAACCAGAGAACAGUAAAGAGUGUGGGAGGAUUUUUGAUCAAGAACAAAUUUAGCUUUAUUCUAUAUUGAACAAUGAAAGCCGAUAUGGAACUUUCAGCACCAACGUCGCAAAUUUACAACAUUGCUGAAAUUGCUGCACCAUGUAAUUAAAGGGUCACUAACAUGAUCUUUUUGCUUAAAUAUGUCCCAUAUUGUUUGUAAUUAUGUUCUACGAUGUUCGUUUUUUUUAAAGCAAAUGUUAAAUUAGCAAAAAUUGCGUUUUUGUAUGUCUCACACCGCCAUUUUGGUCGGAGCUAGUCAGAAAGGGGUGUCGAGUGACGUCAGUGAAGGAGCAGGAAUGUGAACAAAAGCUUGCUAGUCGACUUGGUUCGGUAUAUUUUUGAUCAAAAUACUAUCAUGCCAAAACGUUGUGUUGCUGCUUGGCUGUUCAGUGUCCAUGUGAUACUGUAAGUUUUUCUUUUCCAAAAGAUGUAGGUUUAAAACUACAAUGAACGAAGCAAGUACGCGAUAGCCACCUGCCGAGGAAAGUGCUUUAAGCAGACACAUGCUGUGAGUGCCCCGCGUGCAGCUGUGAAUGCCAGGAGAAUAACACAGGAGCGCGGGGACCGAUCUACCCACUGUGGACGAGAACAGUGCAUUAAAGACAGACCUGUAUUCAGCUGUGAAUGAUGAGGAGUUGGACCGUAUUGUAAGUGAAGUCCACAGAAGACAUCCAAACACCGGCUACAAGCUAAUGCGUGGUCAUCUGAAUGCAAGAGGUGUGCGUGUUCCAAUCUCAAGACUGCAAGAGUCUUUACGCAGAGUUGAUGCAGAGGGAGUCUACAUGAGGCGUCUAAGUCAGCGUGUAUUAAGACGACGGCAGUAUUCUGUUCCUGGCCCAAACUCUUUAUGGCAUAUAGAUGGCAAUCAUAAGCUCAUCAGGUGGAGAUUUGUUGUCCAUGGUGGGUGGAUGGAUUCAGUCGUUUAGUCGUCUGACUGUGGCUGGCAAUAACAGAGCUAGUACGGUCUUACAGAGCUUUAUCGAUGCUGUUGAGCAGUACGGGCUGCCAUCAAGGGUACGGUCUGAUAAAGGGGGCGAGAAUGCAGAUGUAGCAGAAUUCAUGAUCGGGAGCAGAGGUACCGACAGGAAUUCGCACAUCACAGGCAGAACUGUCCACAAUCAACGAAUAGAAAGGAUGUGGAGAGAUGUGUAUGAACAUGCCCUGGACCUCUUCUAUCAGAUCUUCACUUCAUUGGAAGAUCAGGGAACACUGAAUCCAGACAAUGAAGUCCAUCUUUUUGCACUGCACCGGAGCUUCCUUCCACUAAUCCAGCAAAGCCUUGACUCUUUCAGGGAUGCUUGGAACUUUCAUGGUCUUAGAACUGAAAGGAAUCAGUCACCACAGCAACUCUGGAGAAGAUACAGAGAGCAAGGCCCUAUGGAGGAUCCUACUGAGGUUUAUGAAGACUAUGGGAUCGACUGGAACGGACCUCACAGUCUUCAUGGAGGCACUGUGUCAGUCCCCGAGGUUCAGCUGGCCCGUGAGCUCUCGCUGGAAGAGGUUGCCAUUUUGGCAGCUCCAGGAGUUUCUGUAACUGAUGCACUUAGAUCAUAUGUAGAGACUGUGCAAGUUUUAUCAAGAAUCAUAGCAGACUGAUGUCCAACCCAUGCUUUUAUUUAGCAUCUUACAACAAGCAAGCAUAAACUGAAAAAGUUUGCUUUCCUUAAAAAAAGGGGUAUAAAAAGCUGUUUUACUUUGAAGCUCUACCAUAAUCAUUAAGAUCUUGUAAAUGUACUUUAUGCAUAGCGCCACUCCUUUUCUUCCUGUCUCAUUAUUGGCCACAGAAUGAAUAACAUGAAUGCUGUUCUGUUAACACUGAAAGCUGAACAUGCAGAACUGUUUGGUUUCAGUAAGUGAAAAAAAUAUUAAUUUAUCAACUACUGCACAGUAUGAUUCAUGUUUUCAAAGACACUGAACUUGUGUCAAUUGACCUGACCUACUGAACAGUGCAUUCAAUGGCAUCUGUCUGAAAACUUCAACAAGUCCAAAUCCAGUCUGUGCAGUACUUAUGGCAGAGACAAGUGCUUCCUUGAAGUCCAUGUAGGCUUUGAAAUGAGCUGGCAGCUUUAGUGUUUCAAAACAUGUGGCGGACGUAGGAAGGGUUCCCCCAGAGAUCUCCACUUUCAGUUCAGGAGGAAGCUUCUCCCAGCCAACCCAGAAUGUCAGCAGCUGGGCCAGUGUACCUGAUGAAGCUAAAAGUCAUAAAAUGGAUUCAAGACAACAUUUAGUUAAACUUUAACUGAUCAUAUCUAUCCAUGAGACAUGGAAGCAUUUGUAAAGAGAGCAAUACAUUUUUCAAAUAAGGUGUUAAUACCCGUUUCAAUGAACAUCCUUAGAAAGCCAGUGAUGCGGCAUCAAUGAUCACCAAUCUGCUCAAACAGCCUCAACUUCUAUCUUGGCAUGUUACUGCCAGCUAACACUAUUUACCGAUUAGCGAAGUAGUUUUAUGCUCCCACCAUUUAGCUACAUUGAACAUGUACACAGUAAUGAGCCUACCGCAAAUACACUUUCGAUCCAACUCCAAAUUGUUCUAAAUUAACCUCCACCUGUGUCCUGAGUCAUUGAUUAGUAGCACACCUGGCUAACAUUAAAUUAUUUAGCUUACCUUGGACAGGUGUAACGUGACGUGAUGGAGCAGCAGGUAUUUGCUGUGACUGAGCCGCCGGAGCCGGAGGAGUUCUGCUCAGAGCUUCUUCAAUCAAAUUCGCUGCUUCUCUCAGCAGCUCUGGGCAGGUUGUUGACAUUUUGUCCUGCGCCUCAUGCGAUGUAUCAUCAUUGGGGCUAGAGGACCGAGUUGUCAAUAAAGUUUUGUUUGAUAUCCAAACCCGCUUAGAGGUGCAUAGCGCCACCCAGUGUAUCAGAAUGUGUUCACAAGCUCUGCAUCAAUCCAUUAUCUGGAAUCGAUUUGCCUUGACUUGAU